CACCUUCAGUUCUAAGUCGCACGUCGUCUAGUGAAGACGUCGUUGUAAUCGCGCGCGCGCAAACCGUUCCAUACGAAAACGAAAGUUCAGCUUAGGAAGUUGGACAGUAAUUGUUUUACCUAUUAUUCUGUUGUGAAGUUCCGUGAUUAGCAAUUCAUUCUAAUUCAGUGCUUUGGGUAGGGAGGGUCAUGGCCAUGACCGAUUGCCCCCGUAUUUGUGGUCGUCGUCGUCAUCGCAGUAACAGUCGAGCAGUGAAAUCAGUGCAUAUCGUCUACGGUUUGUUCCUGUUGUCGCUAGCAGUCAUCACCUGCGUUUCCGGUGCAGACCUUCAAGUUACCAACACCACCAAUAUCAACGAUGGAACCCCGAGCGAACCUUAUGAAACCCAGACAGCUCAGUGUACCAUUACUUCCGGCGAGGUGGAAGCCAGCGCUCAAGCCACCAUCAGCAAAACCCUUGUAGGAGUUUGCGGUACGGACGAAAUGUUAAGUGCGUUUAGGACACUUGAAGCAAAGUUACUGCUGGAACUCAUGAACAUCCGUAAGAUGAUACGGGACCGCCAUUACAACCCACCACCGCUGGGACCUUCCGAGUAUAAGGCCAUCAAAAGAGUCACCACACAGGUGGACACCAACAGCGGAACAAGAUUGCCUUCAGCUCCGGAACCUUUAGCAGCAGCGGUGCCGUCUACAAGCACUACCAGCAAACCGGAAGGAUCGGCUACGGACGUGUUCUUCCCGCAGGACGAUUACGAAGAUGACCGUUUCUCGGUUAAACCGAACAAUAAUAUGUUGAAGGAGCUGCCGGACGGAAACCGGAAGCCGGUGGCACCACUAGUGCAGAUCCGCACUGAUGCGGAUGGUGGUUCAGCUAAGCCAACGGCUAGCACACCUGUGCUGAACUUCAAACCAAUCGAUAAACCCGUCCAGACGAGGUUUUUGACAGGAGGACUCCGAGACUACGAGGUGUACCGAUUCAACAACACUGUCAUUUCCAGCGGAGAAACCAAGGUGUUCAAAUACUUUUGGAAAAUCGAACGCUUCACCGAACGUCUCCAGUCCAAUGUGAGCGUCCUAAGCAGUCCAGUAUUCGUGAUUUCCGGUCUGAAUCUGCGCAUAAAGGCAACCCUAAACCACGGUGAAAAGGACAACAUGUACCUGCAGGUGGAACAACUAUCUCCGUUGGACGACGAGCUGAGAAAGAGACCGAACGUUAUCCUCCAGGAGGGAUCCCUGUACGACUCGGUGGAAACGAAAAAGUUCUUGCGGCAUAAGAUCGUCCUUCUGAAUCAGGGUGUGCCGUUUAGUGAUCUUAAUUCUCAGGAGCUGUGGAACACCAACACCGGAUUCACCAUUCCCUACAGGGCAUUGCUCACGAAUUCCUACCUGAAGCAGGAUAAAAUACUCGUUGAAGUGGUGAUUUACCUAUGAGGGCUCGUACCUCGGAUUGCUAUUUAGUUUUAGGGUACGAGUUUUGCAAGUGUGAUUUUGAUAUAUAACGGUUAGCGAAGAUUACAGAGCGUCCGUAUGGCAUUAGGUCGUUUGGCAUAAAUGCUUAAUGAUCAUAAGUUAAUCCCCCUUGGUAGAGCCAUUUGGUCCAAUCAUACUUAUGUUCCUUUUUUUUAAUGGGUUGUUUUAUAUUAUGCAUGUCAAAUGAUUGUUAUGUCAAACGACAAUAUGCCAUUUAAGAUAGCCCUCAGUUGUGGAUUGUUAAUAAAACUGUAUGCAAACAUGUGUUAUGUAUCUACUGAAUAAAACUAAUCUUUCAAUCAAUA